CAGUAUCGUGUCGCAUUGUGGUCAUAAUUGUCGCAUUACGAUAAAAUGGGAAUAAUAAUUGAUUAAUUAUGGCUAUUAAUCCUUCUGACGAUGCAAAUUACAAUCCCUACUCACUGGGAGGAUUGAAAAGUAUUUUCAAAGAUGCAUUCAACACUUCAAUUGAAAGUACACGGCGGAUGUUAAGCCUAGGUGAAGAGGCUGAAGAUGUCGGAAGAAAUACUAUGGUCGCUUUGGGAGAACAAAAAGAGCAACUCGGGAAUGUAGAAGAACAUAUGGAUAGUAUCGCUGCCGACAUGGAUACGACAGAAAUGUAUUUAACACAGUUGGAGAAAGGUUGCGGAAUCGAUAGCUCCGUUUAUCAGAACGAGUGUAAAUCUAAAGAGAACUCUGGUGCUGAUGAAAAAGUAAAUUCUGAUAAAACUAAGUCUUCUGGAGGAUUUUUAUCUAAAUUGGUUUCUAAAAGCUAAGUCACAAAAUAAUCGUUGGGAAAGAAUUAAUAAGAUAAUGAAUUUCAAAAAGUUUAAGAAUGAAAAAAUGAAGAGCACUACUUCCAGAGCAGAGACAAUUUCCAUAUUUUUAUUAUCUAUAAAUAUAAAUAUAUAUACCUGUAGUUAUUCAAACUUAUAAUCCUUAUUUAUUUAAUGUGUCAUAAAAUGUAACGAAAAAUGUUUUUCGUCUUUCUAUAGAUGAGUAUAUUUUUUGCAAAUUAGAAAUUUUUGAAUGGAAAAGGUUUAUCUUUAGCCAAACAAGCGAAACGAAUAGCGCUUACGUUCUUCUAAACGAACAUGGGAAUUUCUUAUUAAUUUCCAUUGAAAAGAUUAAUAUUUGAAGAUCUCUGUACAGAAAAGGAAUAUCGUGAUGACUAAAUCAAAAUAUAAACAGUGCCUAAAAUAAGAUAUUGUCUUUUGAUAGGCGAUUUGUCCCCCAAAAAACUCAUUUUAAAAACAAACAAGAUGGAAAUGGCAAACGUCAGCGUAACUUAGAAUAUUUUGAAAAAACCAACAGAAAAAGAUUGAAAUUCAUAUUCUGUAAGAUAUCAAUAUCUUAUUUUUCCAGUGAGGUUUUUGACAUAUAUUAUAUUAUUAUAUAUAUUGUAAUAUAUGUAUAUACUAUACUAUGUAUAUAUAAUGAAAAUAUGAAAAUAUUUUAUUAUUAUAUAGCUUACAUUAUAUAUUACUUUCCGCUAAGAGUUUUUAUUCCUGACUGAUUUUGUAGCAUAUGCUGUAUAAAUUAUUGAGAAUUUAAAUCUAAAAUAAAAUAUUCAAAUAUGUAUUUAUUUUAUGUUUUAUUUAUGUCUCUUUAGCAGACAUGUCGCUUCAAUAUUUCUCUAAACAUUUCCAGACACAGGAUAAAGUGGAAUCAUAUAGGUUAUUCUUUUGUAUUUUGAUAUACUUUCAUUAAAGUUGAUCGAUUUUCAUCGUGCCUUUAAAUUAAGUUGCUUCA